CCACAAUACCCUCUUUCUUCCUUGAUCUUAGGCUGUGGAUAUGAACACUAGGAUCUUGUUUCUGAUUGCCCUGAGUGCUUUUGUCGCCAUCGCUGGGGCGGGCAGAGGUGGGGGUCAUAAGAAGGCUAGGAAUUUUAUCAUGGUAUUGAUGGAUUUGGUCCCGCUUCAGAGACCAUGGCUCGCGAUUGGAUUCACUGGAAGGACAAUUCCACCAAGGGAUUGCCAAUCGAUGAGAUGAUGAUUGGCCAAAUUCGCACUCGUUCUAGCGAUUCGUACGUCACCGACUCGGCCAGUUCUGCGACAGCGUACUCGUGCGGUAUCAAGACUUUCAAUGGGGGAAUAGCCGUUGAUGAUGAUCAAGAGCCCUGUGGAACUGUUUUGGAAGCUGCUAAGCUUAAGGGAUUCAUGACUGGGCUUAUUGUUACUAGCAGAAUCACUCAUGCUACUCCGGCAUCUUAUGUAGCUCACAUCUAUGAUCGCGAUAAGGAAGCAAACAUUGCCUUGCAGGAAAUUGGGUACACUCAUCCGUUGGGGAGAACUGUUGAUAUCUUGAUGGGUGGCGGAAGAUGCUAUUUUACCCCUCAGAAAACUGCUUCCUCGUGUAGAAAGGAUGAUAUCGAUGCUCUUGCUAUCGCUAGAACUUUGGGGUACACAGUUUUCGAGGACAGGGCCACCUUCGAUAAGGAUGUUAAUCUACCUUACCUUGGAUUGUUUACUCAGGACCACAUGUCCUACGAAAUUGACCGUGACCCGAAGAAGGAACCUUCGUUAACCGAGAUGGCCAUCAAGGGGUUGAAUGAUUUGUACAAGGCGACCAAGAAGUCCAAGGAAGGCUUCUUUGUUUUGGUUGAGGCUUCCCGAAUUGAUCAUGCUGGCCACGCAAAUGAUCCGACUGGCCAUCUCCACGACAUUCUUGAGUACAACCACGCCAUGGAUGCUAUGCGCGAAUGGAUCGAUGAACAUGACGAUUCCCCCACCGUUCUCAUCUCAACUGCUGACCACGAAUGCGGUGGUUUGACACUCGGCUACGUGAUUGAUGGUGCUCCUGAGUACUGGUUCGCGCCUGGAUAUUUUGAGAACUCAAAGAGCUCUACCGAGAAGCUUUCCCGUGACUGGAAGGCCGCUACAACCACUGACCUUGCUCGAUACGCCCGCGACAACAUUUUCAAACCAUACGGAAUCAUGUCACCCACCAACGAUGAAAUUUCCCGCGCAAUCGCCCUCAGGAAUACCACUUCUGGUUUUGGGGUUUUCCUUGGUCAGGCUUUCAGCGAGAGACUUGGUGUUCAUUGGGCUACUCUGGGGCACUCUGCCGUUGACGUUACCCUCUAUGGACACGGAGUCAACCACAAGGACUUUGCGGGCCAACAUGAAAACACUGAGGUUGCGGAAUUCGUCGCCAAGCAACUCGACUUGGACCUUGAUCCUAUCACCGAGAGGCUUAGGAAAAAUGCUUCCUGGGUUAGGGAUAACGUCAAGCCCCAGCCUGGGCAGACGGCGAGACUGAAGGGCAGGGAUGUUGCUAGAAACCAUCAUUAGUUUAGUGAAUUCACUAGAGCUGGGUCGGUUAAA